UGGUAAGUAUUCCCGCCUGUCACGCGGGUGACCCGGGUUCGAUCCCCGGCAACGGCGCUUUUUUUGUUGUUGUCUUUGCUCAUUUUUCCAGAGGGACGACGUCGUUUGGUCGUUUUAAUUUUGUUUAUAUUCUAAGCCAUGACGUAGUUUUGGAAAUAAAAAACGUUAAAACGUUGUCUGGUGGCCACUUUCCCCCACUCAGCUGAUUCCAACAAUCACACUGAGAAGUCCCAGAAAUUUCGCAGUCUGCAAAAGUUUACCAAUAUUCCCAUCUUUCCCAAAAUGCCCUCGGUCGGAACCGCCAUCCACAUGACGGCCCUUGACGGCAUCGUGACGGUGAACUCCCUCUUCACCCUCGCCGUCUUCAUCGGCCUUUCAUCGGACCCCAGAGACCCCUCGAACACCCUCAUCGAGCAAGAAGACUCCGCCUACUGCACCCCCGGCCCCUCCGUCGUCGAGGACCUCGUGGCCUUCCACGUGUACUCCUUCUCCUCCUUCCUCUUCUCCAGCCUCGUCGCCCUCGCCCUCAAGCAGGGGAUCCGCCUCACCCGGACCCCCUCCUACCACCCCGCCGAGAUUCUCGCCCGCGUCAACAGCACCCUCCUCCGCGCCGGGAUGCUCGUCUCCGCUGUCGGCUCCGUCUCCGGCUGCGUCUUCCUCAUGCUCGCCUUGGUCAACGUCGUCCAGAUCAAGCUCGGCACUCCCGCCUGCGGGAGCUACCACACUCUCGCCGCCGUCGUUCCUCUCGUCAUCUUCGUCCCCGUGGGCCUCGUCAUCUACGUCGUCACUGUUCUCUAUGCUUUCACUCGAUGAGGAAAUUGAAUUUUGGUUUUCGUUUGUUCAUGGUUUUGUUGACUAAUUAAGUUAGAUAUGUGAGUGGUGUAUCAAUGAAGAUUUGAUUUUUAUUUUGAUUUUGAUUGUAACUGUAGGAAUUAAUGGAAUGUUAGGAUGAGUGGUACGUA